AUGGCAUCGUCGACUAGGAACGGUCGCCAACCCGACUUGCCUGUGACACAGCCUGCCUCGUCCGUCCAUCUCCCUGCCGUCAACACCGUCAACACCGUCACGGCCGAGGCCAGCUCUAGCGCAAGUGCCCCACCUCGACCGUCUCGAACGAGCUCGGCGACCGUCAGCGCGGCGCUCCUGCGCGACUAUGCUCUGCACAUAGAGCCAUCGCAAACACACCACGAAAUGUCCUUGCACGAAACCGCUCCCCAGACAGUCGACGAUCCGACGUGUUGUGCUCUGAAGAGCGGUCCACCGACCGAGGAAGCUGCGGGCGUACAGCUGGCACCCUCGAACCUUCGGCGUUUCCACCAAAAGUCCAUCGGCGGACCUCGGUCAUUAUCUACAGACUGUAUACCCAGGCAGACCAUCAUGAAAGCCUUGGCUUCGCGCCCCUGUCUGCCCAGCAACAGCUCCAAUCCAGGCUUCACCAAUCCUUGGGCCAGUCUCAUACCCACGAACACGACGACGACGGAAGCAGCAGCUUCCGCAACGUCAUCAGAGGAGAGAGAGCGCCGAAGUAGCAACGCCUCCUCUCGAAAGCUAUCAAAUGCGUUGUCAAGUCUACAGAUCAGUGGAUAUUUGGAACGAUCCCCUUCGACCGCGCGGUUGAUGCUCCAGACUCCGUGUUAUUUCCAUCAGCGUUUCGAUGACGCUGUGAAUAUCAAGAAGGUGCUGGAGGAGAUCGCGGAUGAUGAGUGGUUGUCGCAUUCCCGUCUGGUGCAGACGGCAACGGGUGUUCGUGAAGUCUCUAAGCAACUACAGCGUCGGCCCAUCAAACGCGCCGUGAGAACGAUCAUGAUCGUGACCAAGGCACGAGACAAUAGUCUAGUACAUCUGACCCGUCAAGUGGCGGAGUGGCUGCUGGUAACCCCGCGAUAUGGAAACGAUCUUGGGAUCAAUGUAUACGUCGAUGCGAAAUUGCGGAAUUCAAAACGAUUUGACGCCGCGGAUCUCAUUGAGAAGGAGCCGCGAUUUGCUCAAAUGCUCCGUUUCUGGACCCCCGAUCUCUGCUGGACAUCCCCGGAAAAAUUCGACUUGGUCCUGACGCUCGGGGGUGACGGCACUGUUCUGUUCACCUCCUGGUUGUUCCAGCGUGUGGUGCCGCCAGUGUUGUGCUUCUCGCUAGGAAGUCUCGGCUUCUUGACCAACUUUGAAUUCGCCGAGUACAAGACUCAUCUCAAUGCCGUCAUGGGCGAUGUUGGCAUGCGGGUCAAUCUACGCAUGCGGUUCACAUGCACUGUCUUUCGGAAAGACCGAAGUAAGGGAGCUGAAGCUGAUGCUGUAGAAGAAGGGGAGCAAUUCGAGGUCUUGAACGAAUUGGUGAUCGAUCGAGGCCCGUCCCCGUAUGUCUCGAAUCUCGAGCUGUACGCCGAUAAUGAGCUUCUGACCGUCGUGCAAGCCGACGGUUGCAUCUUUUCCACUCCCACUGGGUCCACUGCAUAUUCCUUGUCCGCUGGCGGCUCGCUCAUGCACCCAUCCAUUCCUGGCAUCCUUCUGACUCCCAUCUGUCCUCAUACUCUCUCCUUCCGCCCCAUGGUUCUCUCCGACUCCCACCUCUUGCGCAUUGCCGUUCCCAAUGCCUCUCGAUCUACAGCCUAUUGCUCCUUUGACGGCAAGGGCCGCGUUGAGCUUCGACAGGGCGACUAUGUCACCGUCGAAGCCAGCCAGUACCCAUUCCCGACCGUGGUCUCUGACAGCGGCGAGUGGUUCACCAGCGUUCAACGAGCCCUUCGUUGGAAUACACGCGGUGCUGUGCAAAAAAGCUGGGAUGGCGGAGACGGGGCCGACGCGGAAGAUGACUGGGACAUUGACACUGAUGCUGGACUCACCGGUACAGACAGUGGACUUGGUCCCAGUGAGGACGGAGACUCUGUCUCGCCCAAUCCAAUGCGGCGCCAGAUGAGUCUCUUGAACAUGUGA